AUGAGCCACAGGGGGGCGCUCAAGUGUCCCGAGAGUGAGAACAAGAAUCAGAGGAAAGUCUUUGUCCAGAACAAACUGAUGGAGUGUUUACCGCGGUCCUCAUGUCUGCCGCCGGAAAGGCUGCGGUGGAACACUACAGAGGAGAUCGCCUCGUUCCUCGUCUCCGUUGAACGACACGAUGAGUGGCUCUGCUGCUCACUCAAGACCAGGCCUAAGAACGGCAGCAUCAUUCUGUACAACCGCAAAAAGGUGAAAUAUCGUAAAGAUGGCUACAGCUGGAAGAAACGCAAAGACGGGAAGACGACCAGAGAGGACCACAUGAAGCUGAAGGUCCAGGGCAUGGAGUGUCUCUACGGCUGUUACGUGCAUUCCUCCAUUGUGCCCACAUUCCACAGACGCUGCUACUGGCUCCUGCAGAACCCUGACAUCGUCCUGGUACACUACCUGAACGUCCCGACCCCUGAGGAUUCUGGGAAAUGUAGUCCUCUGAUCUGUGCUGAACGCCACAGCAGCAGCACACGAUGGAGCCGAGAGGAUCUACUGAGCCAGCUGAAGCCCAUGUUCCACAGUGUGAAGGUUCCUCCUGGAGACUUGUCUAUUGAGGACCUGGUCCAACACAUCCUGGACCGCCAGAGAAGCAGACCUCAGCCACGCACACAUGCGUGUCUGUGUAACCACGCCACGUCUGGAGCAAACAUUCCCCACCGCUGUAACACCAAACACCGCAUCAUCUCCCCCAAAUUGGACAAGACCAAACCUGCACCAAUCAAAUCACACUGCCCUGCCCCCUCGCCGCACCCUCCCACCAGCUCGUCCUCUCCUUCCCCACCGCACACUGCCAUCGCCGUCGGCAACUAUACUGAUCGCCUCGGCAACCUGACCACGGUGGCACUACCCCAGAAUGCCGUCAUAGUGGUGGCGGCAACACCUCCCACUGCCUCCAAUGCAAAUAACAACAGCAACAAGACUGUGGCCCUGAUCCCACUUCUAACCCCGCCCACUCAGGCCACGCCCCCUCCGAGACAGUCCACACCCCCACCAUGCCAGAUCACGCCUCCUCCUUGUCAGGCCACACCUCCUCCAGCCCAAGCCACUGCCCUUCAGACCCUGGCCCUUCCUGCACAGACCACGCCUCCUGGCCCUCAGAGCACGCCCCCUUCCUUUGAUCCCGACGCCUUCCUGAAUUCACCCAAACAGGGACAGACGUACGGUCGCCAGAUGUUGUCCAAUCAGAACUCUGCGUUGGCCCCGAGUCCCGCCUCCUCGCUGUCCUCGCUCAGCUCCACAGACUCCGCCCCACUGGUCCCAGACUCCUCCCCCCUCGUCCUCCCUCUCUGUCUGGAGCUGGACAACCACGAGACGGCAAAGAACCGACGCAACCAUAGCGGGUCCACUGUGGCUCUGAUCCAGUCCAUUUGUGGCUCUCCUCCUCGACGACAGAGCAGUGCUCCGCUCCUAUUGGUCGGAUAUGGUUCUCCACCGACCGAUCAGCCGCAGGCGAGCGACGACCUAACGCAUGUGAAGCAGGAGAGCGGGAGGCGUGGCUCUGACAUCAUCUCUGUGGACACGGCGCCUCCACGCUCUAUCUCCAUGGAUACCGACGCUGUGGAGGAGGCGGAGCUCGACCUGUCCUUUGACUCCCCGUUCCCAGACCUCAUAUCGGACCUCAUUGGGGACGACACCUCCACGGCGCCGUCUUUAGCAUUAGCCACACCACCAUUAGCCACUGGCGUGCGCUACAUGGUCCCACCCACUCCCUCGCCCUCCUCAUCCUUCCUCCCAUUCCCACAGCCCCGCCCCUCGCCACGGACCGCCACCAUCACCGACUUCAGCCCUGAGUGGUCGUAUCCCGAGGGGGGAGUAAAAGUCCUCAUCACCGGCUCCUGGAGCGAGUCGUCUGCCAGAUACUCGUGUGUAUUUGACCAGAGUGUGGUUCCAGCGUCUCUGAUCCAGCCUGGAGUCCUGCGCUGCUACUGCCCUGCUCACCAGGCAGGACUGGUCUGUCUUCAGGUGCUGGAGUCUGGAGGAUCUGUCUCCUCUUCGGUUCUGUUCGAGUACAGAGCUCGAAAUGCCAGCUCUCUGCCCAGUUCCCAGCUCGACUGGCUCUCCCUGGAUGAUAAUCAGUUCCGGAUGUCGAUCCUAGAGCGUUUGGAGCAGAUGGAGCAGAGGAUGACCCAGAUGACGUCCAGAGAAACUCACCAGUAUCAGCACCAGGGGGGGAACCAGCUGAGCACCGGGCCUCCUCUACCCCCCUCUCUGCACCCCCCUCAGACCAUGCAAACACAGCAGUGGUUUGAGCAGCGCAUCGUAGGUUUGUGUGAGCGUAUGAUGAAGAGCACCUGCUGGUGGUCGUCCUCCGCCACAGCAGAGGAGGGCAGGGCGUCAGUGUCAGCAGGGGGCGGAGCCAAAGCCAAAGGAGGCGGGGACAGACUCAACAGAUCGGCAACACACCGGGGAAUGACUUUACUGCACUUAGCGGCUGCACAGGGAUACACACAACUUAUAUACAAGCUGAUCUGCUGGAGGUGCGUGCACCGACACAGUCUGGAGCUGGAGCAGGAGGUCGACCCUCUGAAUGUUGACCACUUCUCCUGCACGCCUCUGAUGUGGGCGUGUGCGCUCGGGCACCAGGCCUCCGCAGAGCUGCUGUACUCCUGGAGCAGCUCUGCUUUGGGGAUCCCCGACUCGCUGGGACGGCUCCCCCUGGCUGUGGCUCGGUCCAGGGGCCACACCCGCCUGGCUACAGCCCUGGAGAGACUGCACAUGGAGGGGAGAGCGCGAGGAGAUGAGGGAGAGAGGACGAGGGAGGAGCAGGAGGCCCGGAGUCCAGUCAAACGUGAGGAGGAGCAGCAGCACAGUGCCACAGAGGAGCUGGGGGGCACCAGGAAGAGAGGCUGCAAAAGUGAACAGGGCGGACAAGAGAAGCAUCUAAAGGCCGAGGAGACGAGGGAGCAGGAAGAGAGGAGGACACAUGAAGAGGAGGCGAGGAGGAGAGACGAAGAGGUGGAGAGGAGCAGACAGGAGCAGCAGCAGGAGAGCAUCAGUGUGGACCCAGAGGAGCCUCGCUUGACCCUCUCUGAGCCCGAGUCCAGAGACCUGUCCCUGGACUCUCCUCAGGCCCUGUCCCCUCUGUCCACCAGCCCAGACACAGGCUUGAGUUCCUCCAGUCGCCUCAGCUCGUCCAACAGCAGUUCACCGUCGCCCUUUGACUCCGCCUCUUCGUCGUCCCUGAGCUCCGCCUACUCCAGCAUAGGCCUCGCCCCCAUGGACACCUCGCCUCCAGAGUCUCCUUCGGAUUCGCCGGAUCUGCUGUGGGGGGUGGAGUCUCAACUCAUGGACUUCGAGAACUCCCCACCCCCCCACGUGCACUCCCCCGGGCACCGUGCACACUCAUCUCUGCAGCAGUUUCUCAGUCUGAGCGAAAACAACGAGAACGAAGAUUUACUGGAGGACGACGAACUACAGGUGGACGUUGCGGCCCUUGCAGAGCAGAUCAUUGAGGCAACUCCUGAGCGAAUCAAGCGUGAGGAUUUCCCUCUGGGGGCGGAGUCAGCGCUCAGAGAGAGGCAGGACAAUCCAGACCUCCAGGACACAUGGCUCGGUGCCUAUCUGGAAACUGUGGACCCGCCCAGGCGUCUCCGUCCGCCCUCGCCCCUCUCCGCGCUGGCGCUCCACCGCCUGCGCCCGCCCUCCUCCGCUGCGUGGGCGGAGUUUCUGAAUGCCUCUGCCAAUGGGAAGAUAGAACGAGACUUUGCACUGCUCACGCUCACGGACGGAGAACAACGAGAACUUUAUGAAGCAGCGAGAAUCAUCCAGACGGCGUUCAGACGAUACAAGGGCCGUCGGCUGAAGGAGCAGCAGGACAUGGCAGCUGCAGUAAUCCAGAGGUGUUACCGCAAAUACAAACAGUAUGCUCUGUACAAGAAGAUGACGCAGGCGGCCAUCUUGAUCCAGUCCAAGUUUCGCUCUUAUUACGAACAGAAGCGUUUCCAACAGAGUCGCCGCGCCGCAGUCCUGAUUCAGCAGUACUACCGGAGCUACAAGGAGUACGAACGCAAGAGGGGCGGAGCUAAGGACAGGGGGUCAUUUCUCACUAAGAAGCAGGACCAAGCCGCUCGGAAGAUCAUGAGGUUUCUGCGCCGCUGUCGUCACAGGAUCGCGGAGCUGAAGCAGAGCCGGGAGCUGGAGCGGCGAGGCCUCACCACAUAA